AUGCCCGCGUGCGUGCAGUCAAUCGAUUUCCCCUACACUCCGGUGCGCCGAAUUCCGAUCGAAGGCGAGGAGACGAAGAAAUCAAAAGAUAUGACGGAGAUAAUCGGCAGCAUUUCUGGAGUGUCACGGAUCACCCCCGAGGACGACUACACAGCCUUUGAAAAGUCUGACAAAAUCCGCGGCCGAAUGAGCAUCAUGCCGCCUCGGAUGGAGUUUGACGAUGUGCCGGUCCGCCUCCCGAAAAUCGCCAAGCUGCAAGUGCUGUCGCUGAUCCGGAAGCUGGAGGCCGCGAUGAAGCGUGAGAAGACGAUCUACGACCUUGCCUACGCCAUGCGGAAGAUGCCCAAGUCGACGAACAUGCUGUUGGACAGUUUGAAGGCUGAAGCGGAAGGUUCCGGAUGGACGCCCACCGAGGAGAAGGAGGGCUCAGGCAUGGAAUUCGGCGGUAACCAGUGGGAAAGCAACGUCAAAAUGACGGGCAUAACCAAAUACAUUACGCUUGAGGAAGAACCGGUUGAGGACGUACAGCCUAUUUCACCGCUGGCCAUGAUGGGCCCGAUAAUGCGAUUGCUCAAAGCU